AUGUCAUCGAAAUACUCCUCGUUACCAGACCUCGACACCUCCAACCCCGAUAUCUACGAAACCCCCGACAUCCCAGACUUAACCGAUGCCUCGACAUCCGAGGAAGACUCCUCCAACGACAACAUCCUUCGCGACGGACUCUCCGUCACCGAUGCCCGUGCACGGUUCGCAAACGAAUCUGUCGAUGCCUCCAGCGCAGACUUCUCCGAUAGCAUCGCGCCUGGAGGAAGGAGAGGGGUGGGAGGAGCUGGGAGGGGGAUUAGGACGUACACGAAUGUGAGGCUCACGGAGACGGUUGGGGAGAGGGUUGCGAGAUUGAAGAGGGAGAUUGAGGAAGUCAAAUUACAAGCACAGGCAGAGGCGGAGGCAGAUGUGGAGGGAAGUGAAAACGGGAAGGAGGUGGGGUUGGCGGAGAUUGUGAGGUUGGAGGAAGCGUUGUCCGCGCCGAGCGUUGGUGGUGGGCCGAGGGUAUUCACCAAAGAGCUUUCGCCUGUACAACCUCCACAAACAGCUGCCCCAGCACCCACGCACGACCCCGUCGCAACUAUCGAUCCCCAAACCGCGACCCUCCUCUCCGCCCUUGACACCCGCCUCGCAUCCCUCGAAUCCUCCCUCGGCCUCGACACAACACCCACAACCUCCAAAACUACUUCUACAACCAUUCUGCAAUCCCUAUCAACCAUAAACGCAAAACUCUCACUCCUCUCCUUCCCCGACGACAUCCUCAAAUCGAAAACCGAGGCGCUCCGGACACUCUCCACACUCUCCUCGAAGACCGACGCCAUACCAAUCGACACCAAAAUCGCAGCCUUGCACUCUGCACUCCCAACGCUCGACGCCCUCUCCCCGCUCCUCCCGCCCACCAUCUCCCGCCUCCGCACCCUCCACACCCUCCACGCCGACGCCUCCACCCAACACACCCUCCUCUCCACCCUCGAACAAAAGCAAACUCAGUUAAGGACGGGUUUGGAUGCGUGGAGGGAGGCGUUGGAGAGGGUUGAGGGGGGAUUGGAGGGCGUGCAGGAGGGGGUGAGGAAGAAUGUGGAUGUGGUGGAGGGGUGGGUUAGGGGGGUUGAGGGGAGGUUGGAGAAGUUGGAGUAA